GGAGAAAUCAGAACAAAAGAAUUGAAAGGAGGAGGGAGAGAAAUUAGCAGAAAGGGAGGGAGAAAUCAGAGAGAAUCGAGAGAGGGAUAGAGAGAAUUAGAAGGGAAGGAUUUUAAUCUCAUUUCACAUAACAUUCCAUCCUCUUACAAGUAGUCCUUUUUUAGGCAUAUCUAGUUGCUAACUGAAUUCAUAACAGCACUCAUGUGCUCCUAACAGAUUACAAAAUAUCUCAUAAUAAACCAUUGUAAUCCUAUUAUAAUAUUACCCCUCUAUUGCUCCUAGGAUCUUGACACUUAGGUUGGGAAUUUGAGAUUUCUUCAAGUAAAUUUUGGACUCCGUCUUCCAAGGUGCGACCGUGCCCAUCCUGGAUUCAACCAUACAUCUUCAGCAGGCUGUUUCCCUUCUCAGUCGAGCUCCUUCGUUCGUUGGCAUGGACAGUUGAUCUAGCAGUCGACUGCCCUUCUCUAUAGCAGAUCCGUCAAACACUCUGUCCACUCAUAGUCGAUUGUUGCUUUCCUCAGCUGACCUUCCAAGCCUGUCGGUGCCCCACAGGCAACAUAACAGCCAACAACAGCUGUUGACUACGGAUCAUUUCCUUCCCGCAACUGAACUUCCAGUUGACUUUAUCCUUGUUUUAGUUCACCCUUUAUCCUUUUCUUGUUCACGCAUACCAUGUGCAGGUCUUCCAAUUUUGUGACUACCCCAUAUCAAAUCUCUAGCUUAUUAAGCUUACAUAAUUUCAUAAAAUCCAAAUACAAGCAUAGCAUCACAACAUCUAGGUGUAAAUUCAUGAGCAUAACAUACUUCCAUUUACUCACAACAUCAUACAUCCAAUGGAGGUAAUUGUUCAUAUCAAUAUCUAGCUUUCAUUUCCAAACAUGAUUUUUUGUAGUCCAUACCACAGAGUGGGUAGAAAGUGAACCAAAAGUAAAGUUGAGAUUAAAACCCAUUUCCAGGCCUUUUUAACUGAUAUUGAAUCUAUGUUUUCCAUAUGGCAUUAGGCUUAUCUUGGAGGGUCUAAACCUAUUAUUAUCAUAGAUAUUAGUGGAGUUUGGAUUGAUUAAAUUAUAAGACGAUUUGUUAAACCGUGUAUUUUGUGAUAAGUGAGAAUAUGCUAGGUAUUAAGGGACCUAAUGGCCAUUGGUAUGGUGCAAAAUGUGGCCAAAAUACACCUCACUUGGUGUUAAAUUCAUGGCCUUCUUGUAUGGUUAAUAGAAACAUAUGCUGAUAAACAGAAAAGAAGGGGAAAAUCCAAAAAGGUGAAGUUGCUUUUUCAGAAAAGUUGAGGCAACCAGCUUUUGGCCUUUACACCUGAAAUAAAGGCGAGGGAGUGAUGUGAUUACAUGAGAAUGAAGUACGAAUGGUGCAUAAAAUAUCAUUGGCUCUCCUAAAGGGAUAUAUGUGUAUACGUGGCUGCGUGAGAGUACCUAUAUAUGUGUGUUUGUGCAGGAUGUAGAAAAUGGUCUUAUUACCACUGUAUUGUUUGGUUCAAAAGAGAGAAAAGGUACUAGUAAGAGACUGCCAGGCGUGGUUAGCUAGAAGUAUGGCCAUGUGUGCAAAUAUGCAAAUGCAAGUGGGUAAAUAUAGGGAUGAAAAAGGAUGAUAUGUAUGACACCUAUGACAGACACCUAACUUAGAGAUAACUAAGCUGAGGAGAUGCGUGAAGAGUAGUGGCUAAAUGAGUGUGCUAGACUGGUAGGUGUGUGAGUGAGUGCGGCAUGCUUAAUGGGGAGACAGGCGCUGACUAAGGGGCUGAAUACUGAAAAUAUGGGCUGAUAUGCUGCUGCACAAGGAGCAAAACCUGAUGGUGCAGAAAUGAACUGAAAAAGUGAAUGAUUUGCGGGAGAAAAAGGAGGGGCAAAUCUGUUACAUGUGUCUACAACUUAAAUGACUAAAAUAACCCUAUAAAGCUGCUUAUGUAAGAGGCAUAACAAUACAUUUGUAAAAUCUUCUUUGGUGCCCAUAUAAGGAUGACUUGGGAGAGACUUGGGAUCCCGUUGGGUGUGUGAGAGGUGGAGGUUUUGAGUUGUGUGCGUGUGGGUUGCGUGCUUUGAUGAUGGAGCUGUCUGUUGUAUGUUUUUGAGCACUUGAGCUUGAAUGCUUGUGUCCUUGGAUUGUGAUUGUUUAAACGAUCAAGAGCGUGUUAGGGUGUAUUGUGGGCUAGUGUGUGUUGUUCAUGGCUGCAGUUUUGAGGCAUUAGAGGCUAUCAUUGCACAGCCUUCUGGUGACCUGGGGGUGCCAGUAUUCGGAGCUUUCACUUGGAGGCUGAAGUUUGGUAAGAACGUUGGAGAUUUUUCGGAGUAUUUUACUUAUGGUUUGAUGUAUGAAAAUUUUGGGCUUAAAUGGAGCAAAUGGUGUUACGUGGACCCAAAGCGCUCCAUACUCAAGCUGAAUUUUAGGAGAAGUGAAGUUGCUAAAGGGUUUCCAAAUACUUAUCUGCUUGUUGGGUGCUGCAAUGAUGAAGUGACUCAUGCUUACAAGGGUAAAACUGUCAUGACUGACCAGGAGCGCUAUGAAUCUCUCCGCCACUGCAGGUGGGUUGAUGAAGUCAUUCCUGAUGCACCAUGGGUGAUCACGCAAGAGUUCCUUAACAAGCAUCAAAUUGACUUUGUGGCGCAUGACUCUCUUCCCUAUGCUGAUGCAAGCGGGGCUGGGAAGGAUGUCUAUGAGUUUGUCAAGGCCAUUGGAAAAUUUAAGGAGACGAAGAGAACUGAAGGGAUCUCUACCUCAGACAUAAUAAUGAGGAUUGUCAAAGAUUAUAACCAGUAUGUGUUGCGCAACUUGGACCGGGGAUACACAAGAAAGGAACUUGGUGUUAGCUAUGUGAAGGAGAAGAGGCUGAGAGUGAACAGGGGGCUCAAAAAGUUGCAUGAGAAAGUGAAGAAACAGCAGGAGAAAGUGGAAGAAAAGAUACAGACAGUAAAGAAGCAUCGUAACCUAUGGGUGGAGAAUGCUGAUCGCUUGGUUGCUGGCUUUCUUGAAAUGUUUGAAGAAGGUUGCCAUAAAAUGGGCACUGUAAUCAGAGACAGAAUACAAGAGCGAUUAUUGAUGAAGGCUAAUAUAAGAGGACUUGUAUGUGAUGGAGAACAUGAUUAUGAUGAUGGAGGUGAUGAGUACUAUUACGAUGACAGCACUGAGGAAGAGACUUAUGAUGAUGAAGACAAAAAGAAAUGAAGUAUUUUACUGCAUUCAUCGUUUGGGUGUUUGCUUAAAAUAUGCUUUCCAGUAGACAUUCAGGUCUGCAAGUCUGCAAGACAGUUUCUGUCCGAGUCACAACUUUUGAUCCAGAAUAAGCAUGUCUGUUACUUUCUUAGUUUCUUGCUAGUUCUGGUGUGAGAAAUAGAAGUUGAGCAUGUGAGUAAUCACAGCAUACACUGAGAAGCAUGUUUAAUCUAAUCCAUGCAUAGAUGGAUGAGGAUUAAGCUGGGGAAGUGUACCUGAUUGUUAAACAUACAUAGCUUUCUUAUAUAUGGAACACUUAAGUUUUCUACUUU